AAAAUGACGACGUUGGAGAAGCUGGGCGUUCAGGGCAUUAGGAGCUUCGACCCUGAGAGCCUGCAGACAAUCAAGUUCGAGAAGCCUCUCACUCUCAUCGUCGGCCCAAAUGGCGCAGGGAAGACGGUGUGUGGCAGAUCUGCAUGAAUGGGAUGCACGGCGUGGCAGCGUGAUGGCUGCUGUUGCGUGUGUGCAGACGCUCAUCGAGUCGCUCAAGAUGAUCACUUCUGGGGAGCUGCCGCCCAACGCAAACAAAGGACAAACAUUCAUCCAUGACCCGAAGGUGUGGCAGGCUGCCAGCCAGGGAAGAUGGAAGGGGAGAAUGGGUGCUUGUUCUCGCCUUUGAAUGAAUGCAGUUGACAAAUUCGCCCGAGGUCAGGGCGCAGAUUCGUUUGGUGUUUCGCACAGUUGAUGGCAAACAGGUGUGAGGCAAUGGAUGGAUGAGAGGAGUGAGCGUCACGGCAUUUCCGUUUUUGCCUGUGUUGUGUUGCUGCAGAUAGGGGCGUGUAGGAAGUUUCAGCUCACCAACACCAAAGACAAGAACGGCCGGCUCAAGACCUCCUACAAAGUGCACCGUGGCACGCCUCAAACGAGGGGUCGUAUCACCUUCCCUCGUGCCGGCUGUGUGCUAUCUGUAGCAAUUGGAGAGCGUGCUCCAGACGCAAGACCCGCGGACAAACGAGGUGAAGGAGGGACGCAGUACAUAGGCAAUUGGAAGGCCAUAUCAGUCCCACUGUCACCCGUCCUUUUUGUGAUUCUGCAGAAGAAGAGCGUGAGCCAUCGAUGCGCUGACAUGGACGCACAGGUCUGAGAGAAUGGUCCAUGCGGAGUGGCAGAAUCGAGACUUCUCGCUUCCUGGUUUAGGUCCCACUGGUGAUGGGCAUCUCAAAAGCCAUCCUCGAGAAUGGUAGGUACAAGAGAAUCCACUGCCUUUCAACGUGGUUCCUCACGUGUGUAUCUUGUUGUGUGUGUCAGUCAUCUUCUGCCACCAAGAGGACUCCGACUGGCCCCUGCAGGUGGAAAAGGAGAAAUGGACCCCUCUGCUGGCCUGGCUUGUAGACUUGGACGCAUUACAUGAUGCAUCCAUUCAGGAUAUGGGAAAGCUCAAGAAGAAGUUCGACGAUCUGUUUGGCGCGACACGCUACACAAAAGCUCUGGCGAAGAUCAAAGACAUUCGGUGAGAUGGCAUCAUCUCGCGCACAGACUGCAUUCGCACUUGACGACAAUCCAGUUCAAGUGUGAUUGAUUGAUGUGGGGGGCCUAUCAGUACGGCACAGGCGAAGGAGCUGAGGGAGCUCAAUGAAGGCGUCAUCAAAACAGAAAGUGCGAGAAAUCAGGUCAGCCACAAUCAGCACGUCUUUCAGGGGGUGUAACGGGGGUAUACAUGUCGUGUCCUUCCCACUCAUUACGUGCAGGCUGUCAAGUAUCGCAAACAAGUCGCAGAGUGUGAGGAGCAACUCGCAAAGCAAACCGCUCUCAUCGAGUACGACGCAACGACAGUGCAGCCAUUCAUCGCUGGAAUGCUACACUCCCUGUCUCUGCUUGGUGCCACCAGGACUCUCGAAGCUGAAAUCGCUGCGGCCAACGUACACAGAGCGAGAAUGGAUGAGAUGGACCGGCUCUGUCUGAUGCGUCCUUGUCGUAUGUAUGGUGCACAGGAUGCUGUCAAGCAGGCCACCGAGAGACUCCGAGCCGACGAGGACCUUGGCACCGAGGUCGAAAGACUGGAAGCGCAAAAGAAAUCGUGAGUAAUCAGACAGACACGAAGAGUGACAAAAAGUGGAUGAUUUCGUUGCCUGCUGCUGAUCAGGAUUGAGGAUCAGAUCGUAGAGGUCGAGAACGACAUGGUGGAGGAGCUGGAGGGCACACUCGAGGAGGUCAAGGAUAUGGUGCAGAGCAUGGAACAAGGAGGCCUUGAGGUCAGCCAUGCAUGUGCCUGCUUGCAUGUGGCUGCGAUGAGUAUCUGCACUGCCCUUUCAUGUAUUGGGUAUCUGCAGGCAGUCCGCCAGAACGAGAACAAAGCUGAGCGCGCGUACAACGAAGGCGAGCAGCUACGAAAGAAACUCACCGAUGAGUGGGACAAGAAGCGCAAUGCGGUAGGCCUUCUGGCUGGACCCACGUGCAUCUGGUUUGGCUCACUGUAUCCUGACAUGCCAGCACGGGGCCCUCGGUGCUGCUGCGAGUGUGGUGGAGCAGUUCAAAGGUGACCGGGAGAAGAUGCUGGCCGCCCUCAAGGAGCUCGAGCCCGUCAGCCAGUACCCAAGUCAGUCCCUCGGCGAUGACAUGGGGGCGCUCAAGUAAGACAUCCACACAAGGGGGACAUGGGAGACCAUUAACUGUGAGUCGCGUAUCUGUUGGAUGCAGCGCACUCCUGCAGACCCGCAAGGAGGCUGUGGAGCGCGCGAUGCGCGAGAUGAACGACAAGGAGACCGAGUUGAAAUCGAGCAUCGAUAAUGUCGAGAAGAAUCGGACGCGGCUGCACAGUACGCCCACACGAUAGCAUCGCUGAUUUUGCGUUAUUAUGUGGGCCUUGUGCUGUCUCAGUGGAGGUCUCUACCUGCAAGGCGCAGUACGACUCAUGCAUCAAGAGCAUCCAAGAGACGGAAAGCCAAAUCAGAAAGGUAGUACACCUUAAUGCACAGCUGAAGGCUCUGCCGGGUCUCUAUCGCUCCGUGGCGGUCGGUGUCUGUCUUUCCCUCCGUGUUGACAUUGCUCAGCUGGCCGUGACGGGCGAGGACUUGAGCCAGCUGAGGGCGAGCAUAGCCAAACAGAAGAGCAGCAUCAGGCAAAGUCAAGACAAUGCUAUUCUCGGAGGUGGGUCACUCACUAGACACAGAUCGACGACAGGCAAUCACUUGUCUGUCAUACAGAGACUGCUCGUGAGGUGGAUGAGCUGGCCUUUAAGAAGCAGGAGGUCGCCCAGCGCAUUCGCAAGGCCGACGAGACGGUGCGGUACCUGGAGGCGCAGUCCAAGCAGAUCAACGAGGUCGACUUCAUGCGCAAGAAUCUGCAGAAGACCGAAGACACCUUAUCGGUAAGUACACACGACCAGAGAGGCAGAACACACAUAGACACGUGGGCGGAUACUUGAUGGGUGCCGCAUGCAGGACAAAUUCUCAGACUUGAGGCAGCCCAUGGUUGAGCUGCUGGGCUCGGAACCUGACCCUCAUGCGGCAGGUGAGUGACGCAAUCUAACGGUGACGUGCAGGAAGUGCUUGUAUGCUUUUGGUACGCCCGUUGCGCAGGAGAGGUCGUGCAAAAGGAGAUGCGCAACUUGCGAGACGACCUGGCAGCGUAACUCUGGCUGGCACUUACUUGUGGACUUAUGUCCUUGCACCACCGCACGGAUGCUUGUUGCAGGAAGAACCGUGCCUUCAACGAGCUUCAGAAGAGCCACGCUGAGCACAAUGCGCGGCGCACUGUGAUGGAAGAGGACGUGAGUCGCUUCAGCACCUCAUGUGUCGAGUGUGUAUCCUUCAUUUCUUUCUUUCGUCGGUCGGCAUGAAUGCAGGUGAAUCAGUUGAGUCAGAAGCUGAAGGAGCAGCUCCGCCUGAUGGGUGAGGAUUCGUCUGCUGCAGCGGCGACAAGCCUGGAGAAAAAGGUCGAGGACGCAACCAAACAGCUCGCAGCCGCGGAGGAGAAGGCCGGGCUGGGUAUCGCCGCCCCGAAAUUUUACCACAAGGCGCUCCAAGGUCAGCCAACAUCUUGUGUAGUGAGGGAAAGCCCCGGGGCGGGCGUGCUUGUCUAUGUGUCUGUGUUGUUACCGUGUGUGUGUGGAUGGGGUGAUGGUUGCAGCUUCCAAGGACAAGGGCAAGUGUGUCCUUUGUCAGCGCCCGUUCAGCAAGAACGAGGACGAGAGGAAAGUAGAGAUCGAAGAGCUGGAGAAGAGCAUCAAGGGAAGACUCGAAAAUGUAAGAAACGAGUCUGCAUGCCCGUUUUGGCAGCUCGCUGCGGAAUCCGUCUGUUUGAUUAGUCAGCGUGACCCUCUCUCUCUCGAUGGAUGAAUGCAGAUCACGACGCAAGCGAAGGCCAGCGAGGAGGCCAUCAAGAAGGUGAAAGGGGAGCUGGCUGAUCUCGAAAAGCAACGGCCACUUCUCGAGAGGAUCAAGGCCCUGCAACGCGAGCUUCCCACCAAGGAAAAUGGCCUCCAGCAGCUGAACAAGGUGACAGUCAAUUACCUGACACACGGCGACAGACAGAGCCUGACUAGUACGCGCAGGGAGGUGCACCUGGUGGGUUGAUUUGUUUCGUUGAUGGCUGCAGGAGGUCACCAAGGCACACGAGGCCCUCCAAGCUGCAGAGACUGAGAAGCGCGUGGCCGACGAGCGUCUGGCGAAGCUGCAGCAUCUCCAGCAAGACGUGACGCAGCUACAGACCCUAGCUCAGGACAUCAAAGAGCAGAAGAGGUAUGCAAGCACCUGGGCAUUGAGUGGUUGAGGGCCUUUUUCCUGUACUCGUGUGUUUGUAUGUCGUGCAGGCUGCUGGAAGAGAAGCAGGGCGCCUUGAUGCUGCAGGGCGGUGGGGCUGCGGACACGGAUGCCCUCGAGGACGCCCGCAAGAAUCUCGCUGCCCUUCACAAGGAGCUGGACACGGUGGGCAAGGAACAUGGCAGGUGGAGGCGAGAUAUUCACCGUGGUGGCUCUGUGUCUGUCUGUGAGCAGGUUACCUCUGAAGAAGAUGAAGCGAGAACUCGAAAACAGCUGGCUGACCAAAUGGCUCAGAAGGGAAAGUAAGGGACCAGACAGACACGGCGACAUGGCACAUUGGUGCAUGUGUGUGUGUGUGUGUGUGUGUUGUGCUUGUGGCGUUGGACCAGGAUGAAGCUCACUCAGCUGGAGAAGGACCUAGCGACGGCCGAGAGCCAGUACGAGGUCAAGAUGGAGCUGGAAUCCGCACUCCGAACCAAGAGAGAAGAGGUCAAGAAGCUGCAGGAAAAACAAACUCUGGCGCAAAAGAAACUGGACGAGUGAGUGAUCGCAAACAGCCGGCUGGGGGUUGGUGGAUCAAAAUAUGUGUCUUCUUUUGCUUUUCCUGCACGUAGGGUCCAAUCGAGGCUCGACCAGCUGCAGCGUGACAAGGACGACAAAGUCAAGCAGGCCAAGUGAGUGGAGAGGAGGAGGGCAUCAGAGGCCAUCACAGCUCACUCUUGGCUCACUCCUCUGUCUGUGGUGCCUGUUGCCAUUUCAGAAAGAAGGUCGAAAGCAGUGAGCAGCAGCACCGCAGCCUCAAACAGUCAGUGGACGAACGAGGGGAUGAAAGAAGGAAAACUACGGGAGUGUCACGUAAUUGGUUGCAGGCGGGUUGACGACCUGCGGUCGAUUGAGACCCAGCUGGCUAAGAAGCAGGAGGAAGUCGCCAACGCACAAACCAUCGCGUGAAGCCAUACGCCCUCAGCCCUCGAUGAAUGACAUACAUCCAUUGGUGGUGCAUCUGGUGUUGCAGGGACGAGGUAUCGGCUGCUGAGAGGGCUCGGAACGCUCAAGAGAAGAAGGUUGAGGAUCUUCGGGCAGCCCUGAAGCAGGCGCGAGACAAUCGGCUCAAGGAGGAAAACGACUACGGCGUGGCAAAGUAAGCCCAGAAGGGAUGACUGGGUGGCACAUGAGAUGGGCGGAUGACUGCAACAUUGUCGUCUCAUUUCGUGGCCUGCCUUGCUGUCUGUCCACAGGAAGCAGGUCAAGGUAGCCACGCUGAGAUCUGCUCUCGACAAGAAGGAGAAAGAGCUCGAAGCAAAGCGACAGAGGCUCGGUAAGAGGUCGACCAACUACAGACCCCCAGCACGGUCGUACAGAUGUCAUUCGUGUCGUAUGCGUCAGGCGGUCGCAACCUUGCUGAGAAGCGGGCCGAGGUGGAUCGUCUGACCAAAGAACGAGACGAGAAGAGACAAAAGAAGUGAGCGGCUCGGCACAGAGCAGAGACAGCCUCGCUGACACCGAUUGUGCCCAUGUCAGGUCCUUCGAGGAGGGCAGCACGAAGACGAUAAGAGCCCAGAUGGAUCGCGUCAAGGCCGACCUCAAGCAGGAGCAGUACAAGGACAUCGACCAGAAAUACCUCGAUAUCGUUCUCAAACACCAGACACUCAAAAUGGCCAACGACGUAAACACACUACCAGGCAGGCAGUCAGGGCGGCAGGCAGUCUGGCAGGGGAGGGUAGGAAACGAAGGACCGUCUGACACGUUUUCAUGCCGUCGACCUGGUGUGAACUUUGAUGUGCAGGAUCUCCAGAAGUACUACACUGCACUCGACAAGGCUCUCAUGAAGUACCAUGCGAUGAAGGUACCGCCCACCACACUGCACCUACUCGGUUUGACAGCCGGCCACUCAUUGUCGGAAUGCCCCUACAGAUGCAGGAGAUCAACAAGACAAUUCGUGAGCUGUGGCAGUCAGUCUACAAGGGACCCGACAUCGACUCUGUAGCUGGUGAGCAAUCAGCGAGGGACAGAUCAGCCGAUGUACAACCUCAGAGCAGGAUGUCCACACGGUGUUGCUGUUGUGUUGCCGCAGUGCGUUCGGACACUGACGAAGACGCUCCCGCCAGCACGGGACAGCGCUCCUACAACUAUCGGUACACAGAUCGAUGCACGCACCCAUCGCACGCAUGGAUUGUGUGGUGGUUGAUGAUCGGUCUACCUGUCUAGUGUCGUGAUGCUCAAGGGCGGCCAAGAGCUGGAGAUGCGGGGUCGGUGCUCGGCAGGCCAGAAGGUGCUCGCGUCUCUGGUGAUCCGGCUGGCCCUCGCCGAGUCCUUUGGCGCCAACUGUGGCAUCCUGGCGCUCGACGAACCCACCACCAAUCUGGACCGAUAUAACAUUGAGGCACGCGGCCACUCACCCAUUCACAGGCAUGCAUCGCUUGCUGCACCAAGACUGGUUUUCCUUGUUGACAUGUGCCUUUGAGCAGGGUCUGGCAAAGGCGCUGGCUGGCCUCAUCGAAGCAAGGCGCGACAAUGCAAACUUCCAGGUGAGCUAACUGAAGCCAAUCAAAUGAGACGGAGAGGAUGCACGACGGCACACGUCACAUCCGGGGCUUCUUUUUCCUGUCCAUGGCUGCAGUUGAUUCUGAUCACCCACGAUGAGGAGUUCGUUCGUCUGUUGGCGCGUCACCAGCCCUGCGACCACUUCUGGCAAAUCCACAAGAAUAGCAAAGGGCACUCGGUCAUCACGCAAGCAGAUAUCCGGCGGUUCUGAGACGCGCCAGCUCAAAAAGACUGCCUGUACUGAGCUAGCUAUCAGUAGAAUGGAUACUCGACAGGUGCUCGCUUAGUGUGACAGAGCUAGAAGAGGACAUGCAGUAGACAGAAGGUGAUCCUACCCUUUUCAUAUCAUACUCGUCUCAGUGUCAGGCCAAGCAUUGGGUCCGUGUGUGUCUGCCAGACGAUAACAAUCGCCCUGAUUGCAGACACCUAACAACGUCCCCGGCAGUCCAGACGGGGGAAAGCUACGUCCGACACCGAACGAAAGAUGAAGGAGAGACCGCGACGGGCCUUUCAGUGUCUGUACAAUGAAU